GGAGGAUGCGGGGAAGGCGGGCGGACGGACAGAGCAUCCCUCGCCCGCUCCCUCCGCGUCCCGCCCCUUCUCCUUUCCCUCCUUCAGCCCUUGGGGACUCCACUGGGGAGAGUCGAGUAGCCUGGCCUAUUGGUCUUGCUGGGAAGGGUCCAGGCGAGGCGGGGCCCGAGGGUAGACCCCCCUCCUUUCCCGCAUCUCUUCGGGUUUCCCCGCCACUUGUUGUCCCAAAAGCCGGGCGAUGGGCUCCGAGGCCGGCUCGGGCCGCCUGGCUCUGGUGGCGGCGUUGGCGUUGGCGGUGGCGGUGGUGUGCCUGAGCGGGGUCGCGAGGGCGGGUUGCGCCGAGGAAGGGCUCUGCUGCCCCGGCCGGGAUGCCAGCUGCACCAGCGCCGGGUGGCGCCUCGACCGCGCCUAUGGCACCUGCUACUGCGACCAGGAGUGCCGCCGCACCGGGGACUGCUGCUACGACUACGAGAGGGACUGCCCAGCUGUUCCGUGCAUUGUUGGGGAAUGGAGCCAUUGGAGUGGAUGUGCAGAGCAGUGCCAACCAAACUUCCGUAUGCGCACACGUAGUGUACAGCAGGAACCCCAAAAUGGUGGGGAGCCUUGUCCUCCACUAGAAGAGAAAGCUGGCUGCUUGUCAUAUACUACCUACGAGGGGCAAGAGUGUGCAAAUGAACAUGUUCCUGCUUUCAUAACUAGUUUUGAAUAUAACAAAGAGAGAACAAAGAGAGCUGUGAACCCAAGAUGGUCUUCUGAAACAGAAGAGUUUAGGAGCUACUGUGUGGAAUUUAAAACUGAAUCAUUGUCACCUUAUUGCUCUUUGGAGACUCGUCCAUAUGCUCGAUGGAUGCAGUAUCUACGAGAAGGAUAUACUGUGUGUGUAACUUGCCAGCCUCCAGCAAUGCGUGCGGGUAGCCAUCGCUGUUAUGGAGAUGGAGUUGAUACCGAUGGGAAUAAAGUUCUUCAUUGGCAAGCAGUCGGCAAUCCAGCCUGCCAUGGCACAUGGAAGAAAGUUCAGCAAUUGGAAGAAUGCUCAUGUCCUCUAGUACAUAGCUUUAUUUUUACGUAGCAGCUUGAACACAUACCAUUGAUGAAAUCAAGGAAGCUACUCAUGUGAUUGGACAUUUGUGGACGACAUUAAUUUUAAGCAAGUGAAAAGUCAGAAUUCUGAAAUCACUCUUAGCCUUUCCUGCAGUGAGGAAUUUUGAGGUAACAAAUCUCAAGGUAUAUUAUGGCACUAUGAAGACAGCAUCCGGUAUUAUGGUGGGAAUUCAACUUUGCAUGAUCCCCCCCGUUUGCAUGAUCUGAGGUGGAUGGUGGCUGGUCCAGAGUCACUUGCGUCAGUGUAUCUUAGCAGGUGAUUCCAGAUGUGUAAUGUUUGCUUGGUCUACAUGAGAGAAACUGCUUGAAAAAACUCCUCUAAUUUAGAAAUUCCAGGUAUAUUGUCUGCAACCUGAUCACAUACUUAUAAGUCAAAUAAUAAGUUGUUAGGGGCCUCCUGGAGAAAUGGUAGGAGGCUGCAGAAAAAAAAGGUUAGGAAGGCUAUUUAAUAGUAUAGAAGUAUUUGUUGUUGUUAGCUGCAUUCAAGUUGACUGACUUCUGAGGAAUCUGUGAAGCAGAAAUCUCCAAGUCAGCCUCUCCUCAGUAGCCCUGCUCUGAUCUUGCUGACUCAUGACCGUGAGCAAAUCAGAGGUUAAACCCUUUAUAACAGAUAUGGACAAUAUGUAAAUUGUAAUAAUUAAAUGUAUGGGGACAAAACACA